AUGACCGUUUCCGAUUUUAGGAAAGACAUUUGGAAGGAAAUAAGCGCUGACUUUGAAGGUGCUUACAAACUGAUUCUGUUUAAGGUGGAUAUUCCUAUAAAUUAUAAUACAGAUCCGGGGAGUAAUAUACUUGCGGAAGAAAUCAAAAAUAAACAGGAGCUACUUCCAGUAAGAAGAGUAGAGUCAUAUUUUAAAGAAGAUGAAAUCAACGUUUUUUUUGACGAAAUACCCGAUAUUAUGAACAUCCGUAUUAUCAUACAACUUCCAAUUGAAUUUUCUAAAAAAAGGAUAAAGCUCGAAGAUAAUACAACAAAGUUUUUUGAUGAGCUCUUGCGCCCUUUUGAUGAGGAAAUUAAUCGUGAUAAUAUUGAACGAUUAUUUAUGAAACCUCUACUACUUAAAUUGCCAUGUCUCCCUGAUUUGGUUGUUGAUUCUAAUGUGCUUGAAUCCAUAUUAUCAAGUCCUAUUUAUUCUUCUAGAUUGAGUUCUAUUGUUGAUGUUGUUAUGAGUAGAAACUUUAGGGAAGGACCUGGUAAGGAAGGAAAAACCAUGGGAAAUAUUGAUAGUCAUAUUAAUAACCUGAUUGAACUUAUCCAAGAAUACGCUAAGGACUGUAGUAAUAUGAGUUUGGAUCGUAACCAGGCAAUUCAAUCUUCAACCACGACCACAGAAAAUAAAAGGAAUCGACCAGAUAUAGCGGUCUAUUAUAAUAAUGUGCUCGUAAUGAUGGGUGAGGCAAAAGACAUUAAUACUAAAUUAGGAGCUGCAGAAACACAAUUAGAUGGUUACUUUGAUUAUUGGAAUCCACUCGCAUUUGGUAAAUUGCCUUUUGUUAUGGCUUUUGCAGCAGCUGGUACCACCUUACAAUUUUAUUAUUAUUAUCCCGGAAAUGAUAAACCAGAACGUGUGAAAAUUGGCAAUAUCAUAGACCUUGGAACUACAAAUAAAUUAAAUAACUAUAAGGCACUUCAAAAUACUAUUAAUUUUGUUCGGAUUAUUAAGACUUGGAAUUGUAAACAAUAUUUACAAGUUCCAAAGAUAAAGUUAUAUGAAGUAAUCCGACGUAAAAAUGAUACAACAAUCACAAUAGCCCCUCAAAAAAUCAUUAAAAAAGUUCAUAUAGUGGAUCGAGGACCCAAUUAUAAAAGUUUCUUUGAAAACUUUUACACGAGGAUUUUUCCAAAUUUAGGCGGAAGAUAUGUGGUACUUCACUCGAAAUUUUAUGUAAAAUGGAUAUAUUUAAUAUUUGCACCUGUUGGAUAUAUGACAAUUCCUAAAGAUGAAAAUGAGCUCCGAGAUGUCAUAUGGGAUGUGCUUAAUGUUGUGAAUAACCUUCAUGUAAAUGGUAUUGUUCAUCGGGAUAUUCGCUGGGACAACAUUAUAAAACUCACAAAUAAUGGUUGGAUUUUAAUUGACUUCGAAGAAGCUGCUCCGAUUGGAAGAGGUAACCUAAGACCAUCUACAUUAAAUAUUACAGCUCCAGAGUACAGAGGCAGUGAUGAUUUAUGUCUAGAAUCUGGUGAUAUUUGGAUGAUUGGAAACCUUUUCGAUGAUUUUAGAAUUCGUAUCCAGCUUACUGAAAGUGCUAGAAUAUUUCGGGAUAAAUUGAUAUGCCAAAAUCCUGUUGAAAGACCGACUGCAUCUGAUGCCUUAGCAGACAACUGGUUCAAAGUAAUGAAAUAG